CCGCGUGCUGAUGACGCAAUCGCAGCGCGCGGGCGACGGGCCGAGCUCGCGCUGUACGUGUGGUCGCGUUCCGCCAUGAAGGAGACGCCGCUUUCGAACUGCGAGCGGCGCUUCCUGCUGCGCGCCAUCCAGGAGAGGAAGCGGCUGGACGGGCGGCAGUGCUACGACUACCGCAAUGUGCGCAUCUCCUUCGGGCCCGAGAACGGCUGCUGCGUGGUGGAGCUGGGGAAGACCAGGGUUCUUGGGCAAGUCUCAUGUGAACUUGUUCCCCCGAAGCCAAAUCGGGCUACAGAAGGUAUACUCUUCUGUAACCUUGAGCUCUCACCGAUGGCUGCCCCUGGCUUUGAACCUGGCAGGCAAUCUGAGUUAUUGGUGAAAGUGAACAGACUUAUAGAACGAUGCCUAAGAAAUUCCAAAUGUAUAGAUACUGAAUCCCUCUGCGUUGUUGCUGGUGAAAAGGUCUGGCAAAUUCGUGUGGAUCUGCACCUGUUAAAUCAUGAUGGUAACAUUAUUGAUGCUGCCAGCAUAGCAGGAAUCGUGGCCCUGUGCCAUUUUCGCAGACCAGAUGUUUCUGUGCAAGGAAAAGAAGUAACAGUGUACUCUCCUGAGGAGCGUGAUCCUGUGCCCCUGAGCAUCCACCACAUGCCUAUUUGUGUCAGUUUUGCCUUCUUCCAGCAGGGGACUUAUUUGUUGGUGGACCCAAAUGAACGAGAGGAACGUGUAAUGGAUGGCCUCCUUGUAAUUGCCAUGAAUAAACAUCGUGAAAUUUGUACCAUCCAGUCUAGUGGAGGGAUUAUGCUAUUAAAAGAUCAGGUUCUGAGAUGCAGUAAAAUAACAGCUGUUAAGGUUGCAGAAAUAACAGAAUUAAUUCAGAAAGCUUUGGAGAACGACCAGAAAGUUAGGAAAGAAGGUGGGAAGUUUGGCUUUGCAGAAUCUAUACCAAAUCAAAAGAUCACUGCCUUCAAAAUGGACAGUGCUGCUGUAGAUACCAACGAUGUGGAAGAACAAGCAGAAGAGAUCAUAACUAAAGCUGACCCUCCUUCAGAAGUUUUUGCCAAACCAAUAUUGCACACUCCCGGCACAGCCCAAAUUGGGGAAGGAAUAGAGAAUGCAUGGGGAGACCUUGAAGAAUCUGAGAGGGAAGAAGCAGCAGAAGAGGAAGGUGAAAGCAGCGCUACUGCUUUUGAAUGCCAGAGAACAGAAACAGAGGAUACAAGUAUGAUGAGUGAAGCUAAAGAUGAACCUAUUGUACUGUCUGACAGUGAAGAGGAAGAAGUUGUCAUUCUGGAACCACAGGAACAACCAAAGAAAACAAGACCACAGACCAACUUGAAACAAGAAAAUGCAAGUAAGAAAGCAUUUAACAAAAAGAGGAGAAAGAAGAGAGCUUCACGUUGAAGCCAUCCCCUUCAGUAAUGCCAUAGAAUGUGACAUUUUUUUUAUUACUGAACUAGAUAAUUUUAUUUCUUCCCACCCCAACUCUCAUCCUGCAUCUUUGUAUAUUUUAUGUAAUUGUAUACAGCUUAAAAUAAAAAGUUAAUGUAAGUGAAA